CAUUGUAUUUGCAUGUUUCCAGCAGCCAUGUAUCAAAAAAAGCUUCAGCUUUGGGUUGUUGAUUUAGCAGCAUCAAUCAUUAAUUGUUCUGCUAUAUAUGUUCUUAACCAUGACAACCUGAUUAGGCUCUUAGUUUAUUAUGGUCUUUGUUCUGGGUGGAUCUCUGACUAUUCUGGGUGGGCAUGAAUCUCUUCUUUGUUUCUUCAUCUCCUCUUAUUCUGAUUCCUGCAUUUGUUUUAUGUGAAGGUUGCUCCGUUGAGGACAAGCUGCUUCUGCAGGUGGACGGGCCCUCAAGGCUGCUCUGCCUAUUCCUCCUGCUACCCCCACACGUGCAAACACAAAGCCGUCGAUGCAUUGAGGGCUCAAUGUCGUCUCCGCUGGCUGAGCGGCAAGCCGGGGUUGGGCCUGCACACCGUCUAUCAGCACCCUCCCGUGUCUCCAUUCACGGAUCUGCAGUAGGCGACAUCCUUUGGGAAAUUGAGGAUGUCCUCGUGCAUUUUCUAAAUACAAUUGGGGCAUAUCUGAGGAAUGAAGGGAGGAAUAAUCUCGUGGGAGAGUUCGGUGCAGAGGAAGAAGAACAAGAUAUUAUUUAUUUCUUGUGUACAGUCAAGCUUGUGCAUUGUCCCACUUUCUGGGGCCAGGCAACCUUGAAUCCAACGUCCACCUGCAGGCUACAUCUCAGAAAACUCAUGAACAUCAUGGCGCCUUGUUGAUGGGGUGAUCAAUAGCUACUAUAUUGGGACCCUGCACUUAAAUUGGGAAAUUGCAAAGCAUAUUAUGAAUUGUUACAAGAAACUAUUUCUGCUGUUUUGGUGCAAGGAUGUUGCUUUUUAGUAUGCUUCCCGUAUCUUGGUAUCUUGGAAUAAUAAACAGAUAGAUGUCGUGUACCAAGAUUGUUCCUUGUUGUUAAGAGGGAUACAAAUAUUAUACAAGAAUUUUUCUGAUGACUCCUAAAGCAUAUUUGGAUAUACAGCAAAGUAUAUUGUCGCUUCCCUGUUAGUAAAACGAUUAUGUUAGAAAUUUGGUUGGCAGCCCCUACAUUUGGCUGAUUGCUAGCUUACUGGAUUACUCAUGUUUGCGGACUCUGGUAACUUAUGCCUACCAAGAACUACAUGAAUUUUGUGUCUUGCUGCAGUGAACAUUACCAAACUAAUUCUAGAGGUGUUAUAAUCAUGUUUUCUUUUGCAUUAUCAACUUUUAACUUUUGUCAUUUGUUAACACAUUCCUUUUGCAUUAUCAACUUUUAACUAUUGUCAUUUGUUAACACGAUUAUUUAGUAUGUUCACUAUGCGAGUACUCCCUCCGUCUGAAAAUACUUGUCAUCAAAAUAGAUAAAAAGGAAUGUAUCUAGAACUAAUAUACAUCUAAAUACAUCCCCUUUUAUUCAUUUCGGUGACAAGUAUUUCCGGACGGAGGGAGUAGUAAUAAUAGGAGCUAUUUAUUUGCCAGAUAACUAACACUAUUCAUAUGGCAUAAGGGUUAGAAAAAGAACUGUAUUCUUGCUGUGUUGAUUUUCGUAUGGCACACUAUGGAUUCUUUGUGUAACACAUAAUGUCGAUCAACAUGUGUUUACAACGCAGGGAGGAGCCGGGCGACAAGGCAGUCAGACCAAACUCUCUUUCCAUAUAUAUAGGUAGUCUGAUGUUAUGCCAUAGCCGAACCAUAUAUGUUUCGUGUACUGCUCUAUCAAUCUGGUCUUUUGGUAUAUUAGACUCUAUCCUUUGUAAUGAACUUAUUGUCAUGGGCGAUCAUUAUGA